AUGGCAACGGAAAUCGAAUGUUAUGCUAUUAUAUCGGAAAUUGAAAAGUGGCAUAAAUAUCUUGAUGGUCGUCCUUUUACAAUAGAAACAGAUCAUAAACCAUUAGAACUACUGAAUUUAAAACAGCAACUUAAUAUGAAAUGUGAACGUUGGCGUUUAAAAUUGCAACGAUAUCACUUCACCAUACGUUAUAUUAAAGGCAAUGGCAGAUUACUUAUUACGUUCAUCAGUGUUUGGAAAUUAUUGUCAAUGGAUUUUCAUGGAUCAAUUACAUCAAUAACACCACGUGAUAAUAAAUAUAUUAUUUCAUUAACUGAUGUAUUAUCAAAAUUCGUGAUUACGAAAGCUGUUCGGGAUUGUACUCCAUCCACUGCAGCACGAUUCGUUAAGGACGAAGUUAUAUUAAAAUACGGCAGACUACGAUGUAUUAUAACUGACAACGGCACACAUUUUACAGCGGAUAUAAUGGAAGAAUUAUUUAAGAAAAUUGAAGUUACACAUUUAUAUUCUACACCGUACCACCCGAUGACAAAUGGACAAAUCGAACGAUAUAACGCAACGAUGGAUGACAAAAUAGCGGCAUUAUGCAACAAAAAACGAACCGAUUGGGAUGAACAGUUACCAUUUGUUUCAUUCAAUUAUAAUACCAAUAUCCACACAACAACCGAACAAAUACUACCAUUUGAAAUGAUGUAUGGACGUUCACCCGUGUUACCAUUUGAUCAUCAACAAGCAGAAGAUUCGAUCCAAAACACAACGUUGGCGGUUUAG